CGUCAUGCAUCGUUUUCAAAACACUUCCCGUUUCAAGGUUUUAAAUUUAGUGCCUUUUUUAACUACUUUUCAUGUUAUUUCAGGACACAGUGAGAGGUUUAUCUUCCCCUAAUCCCCCACCACCGCCAACCCAGGAGGCAAGACCCGCGGCUACUGAUGUCAAAAGCGACAGCGGUAACAUCACAUCUGCGAAGAAGAGGAAAAUAAACGGCUCCGAGAGGGAAGACACUAGUGACACGAUCUCCUCUUCGCCUCCAAAGACCCUGAAUUCCUCCUCCUCCUCCUGUUCUCCCACUCCGCUGCACAUCCAGAAGAAGUUGAGGUUUGAGGAUUCAGUGGAUUUCAUUGGACUGGAUGUGAAAAUGGCUGAGGAGGCUGCUGCUGCUGCGGCUGCUGCUUCGUGCUCCAAUAACAAAAGCAAAGCCGUGUUCCUGCCCGGCGGCGUGGGGCAUCAUGCAAACGGACUGACGAAAACCGCAGGGUCCGCCACCUUCUCCAACAGUAAACCUGGUGCUGCCAAGAAACUAGUCAUCAAGAACUUCAGAGAAAAGCCUAAAUUGCCCGAAAACUACACACAGGAGACCUGGCAGAAGCUGAAGGAGGCGGUGGAGGCCAUACAGAACAGCACGUCAAUCAAGUACAAUCUAGAGGAGCUCUACCAGGCUGUGGAAAACCUCUGCUCCCAUAAGAUCUCUGCCAAGCUGUACAAACAGCUGAGGGCUGUGUGUGAAGACCAUAUCAAGGCACAAAUCGAUCAGUUCAGAGAGGAUGCCCUGGACAGCGUGCUUUUCCUGAAGAAAAUUGACAAGUGCUGGCAGGAUCACUGCAGACAAAUGAUCAUGAUUAGGAGUAUAUUCCUGUUUUUGGAUCGCACCUACGUUUUACAAAAUUCAAUGCUGCCAUCAAUUUGGGACAUGGGUCUGGAGCUGUUCCGGUUCUACAUCAUCAGCGAUCUGAAGGUCCAGAGUAAAACAAUCGACGGGAUUCUGUUGCUCAUCGAGAGGGAGCGAAACGGAGAGGCGAUAGACCGCAGUCUGCUGAGGAGCCUGCUGAGCAUGCUGUCUGACCUUCAGAUUUAUCAAGACUCCUUUGAGCAGCGAUUUCUGGAGGAAACUAAUCGACUGUACGCUGCAGAGGGACAGAGGCUGAUGCAGGAGAGAGAGGUACCAGAAUAUCUCCAUCAUGUCAAUAAGCGCUUGGAAGAGGAGGCUGACAGGGUAAUCACAUACCUAGACCAGAGCACACAAAAACCGCUUAUUGCUACUGUGGAGAAGCAGCUGCUUGGUGAACAUCUCACGGCAACCCUACAAAAAGGGCUGACCAACCUGCUGGAUGAGAACAGAAUUCAGGAUCUGUCGCUUCUCUAUCAGCUCUUCAGUCGAGUGCGUGGUGGUGUACAGGUCCUCCUGCAGCACUGGAUAGAGUACAUAAAGGCUUUUGGAAGUACAAUCGUAAUCAAUCCGGAAAAAGACAAAACCAUGGUGCAGGAGCUGCUGGACUUCAAAGAUAAAGUGGAUCACAUCAUCGACGUGUGCUUCAUGAAGAAUGAGAAAUUUGUUAAUGCUAUGAAGGAGGCUUUUGAAACAUUCAUCAACAAACGGCCAAAUAAACCUGCAGAGCUCAUAGCAAAACAUGUGGAUUCAAAGCUGAGGGCAGGAAACAAAGAGGCCACAGACGAAGAACUGGAGAAGAUGCUGGAUAAGAUAAUGAUUAUCUUUAGAUUUAUCUAUGGAAAAGAUGUUUUCGAGGCCUUUUACAAAAAGGAUCUGGCCAAGAGGUUGCUGGUAGGAAAAAGUGCCUCUGUGGAUGCUGAAAAAUCAAUGCUGUCAAAGCUUAAACACGAAUGCGGCGCAGCAUUCACCAGCAAACUGGAGGGGAUGUUCAAGGACAUGGAACUUUCUAAAGACAUCAUGGUGCAGUUCAAACAGCAUAUGCAGUGCCAAAACAUUCCCGGCAACAUCGAGCUAACGGUGAACAUCCUGACUAUGGGCUACUGGCCAACGUAUGUUCCGAUGGAAGUGCACCUGCCGCCUGAGAUGGUGCGACUGCAAGAGAUCUUCAAGACUUUCUACCUGGGCAAACACAGUGGCAGGAAGCUGCAGUGGCAGUCGACAUUAGGCCACUGUGUCUUAAAAGCUGAAUUUAAAGAGGGCAAGAAGGAGCUGCAGGUGUCACUUUUCCAAACCCUUGUGUUACUGAUGUUUAAUGAGGGAGAGGAGUUUGCCCUGGAAGAGAUCAAACUGGCAACAGGAAUAGAGGACAGCGAGCUGCGGCGGACUCUUCAGUCACUUGCAUGUGGUAAAGCACGUGUCCUCACCAAAAUCCCAAAAAGCAAAGAUGUGGAGGAUGGGGACAAGUUUUCCUGCAAUGACGACUUCAAACACAAGCUCUUCAGGAUCAAAAUUAACCAGAUCCAGAUGAAAGAAACAGUGGAAGAGCAAGCCAGCACUACAGAAAGAGUCUUCCAGGAUCGUCAGUACCAGAUCGAUGCUGCCAUUGUGCGGAUCAUGAAGAUGAGGAAGACUCUGAGCCAUAAUCUCUUGAUGUCUGAGGUGUACAGUCAGCUCAAGUUCCCUGUCAAGCCUGCUGACUUAAAGAAGAGGAUAGAGUCUCUUAUUGACAGGGACUACAUGGAGCGUGACAAGGAGAACUCCAACCAGUACAACUAUGUGGCUUAGAGAAAGGAAACCAGAUGCAGGUGGUCCAGUCAGGAUGGAAGCUGUUCUGAGUGCUCGGUCUCUAAAUCAUCUGCUCCAAUGGAUGUUAACCAUUAUCAUCUUCAACCCAGCGACCGACAACUGAAUGGCUAUUGCUCCACAGGGUUUUUGUCAGGGGUCUUGUGAUCCUGUGGACUGCAUGCCUAUUGAAAAGAGAAUAUUGUCCAUAUUUGUCAGUGCCUCUGAGAGAGCUGGGACAAAGAAGACAAGCAGAUAUUCUUCAGUUUGCUCUUUUUUUUUCUUUUUUUUUUUAAAAAAGGAGAGGAAAAGUAUUUAUUUUCAAACUUAAAUUCUUCUUUGUCCAUGGUUUGAAUCAAUAUGCUCUUUGUUAUCAAGUCACUUUUUUUUUUUUUUCCUUUUUUGUUCAUCCAGUAUCCCAAGCAAAUGCUAACACACCUAACAAUGCUCUAAAUGUACCACAUGUUGGAGAGAGAAAAAAAGGAUAAAAAAAAUUAAACUGAUGCUUGUUUCUUC